GUAAAGACUUCAAUAACGAGCCAUUAACUUCUAAUCAUCGGGAUCGAUCAGGCGUUAACAAGGGCCUCUACAUAUGCAAAUUGUAAGCAAGCAAGGGGCCAGGGCCCCUAUAAAAAGCUGACCCUGGACAGAGGCUACCACCACACACUCCCUCUGGCAUUCAGUGGAUUUACAGGUCACUGAGCAGCACUGCGAACAUGGUGAAAUACUUUUCUGUGGACUGGCUGGCCCAGAGCCAUCACCACAACUUGCCGACUGAGGACCACGGAGCUGGCACGGACACCUCGUCGACCUGCAGACCCCAUAUUCCCUGCAUGGUGCAGCCGCGCCCGCCGACUUUUGGCAAGGGUUACCUGCAGCCCAAACCCAAAGCAUUAAAGCCCGCUGAACACACGGAGCUAGUGGAGAGCAGCGGGCAGGACUCCAGCCUGUGCUCACUUUCUCAUCCCACAAGCUGCGCCUCACCAAUUUCAGAGUUCAGUGGGUAUUCAUCCGGGUAUGACAGCGAGGCGAAUUCCUCUGAGUGUCUCUCGGUGGAUGAGGGGAGCGACAUGGAGAAGGACGGACCGCAGCGCCGCGUGCGCACUAAGUUCACCCCAGAGCAGAUCAGCAAACUGGAAAAGAUCUUCAACAAGCACAAAUAUCUGGAUGCUGGAGAGAGAGUGAAGACAGCGCAGAAGCUCAACCUCACAGAAACUCAGGUCAGGACCUGGUUCCAGAACAGGAGGAUGAAGCUGAAACGGGAGGUGCAGGACCACCUCGCCCCUCAAAUGCCGCCGCUGAUGUUCCAGCCUCUGCCCCCGGUGCAGUACCACAGCGUGGCCGGACAGCGACCUCAUUACCCUGCGACCGGCCCGGCCUUUUACCCGCUCCCAGUCCCGCAGCUGGUCCAGAUGCCUCAUCACCACCCUCCUCACCUCAUGAUCCACAACCCACGUUUCUACUGAUGAGCUGCCAACUAUAGACUUUUCCUACUGAAACACUUAAAAUCCAAACAAGUGCAAUCCAGAGUUGUUUUAUCUGAUGUGUGAUUUUUAUUAUAUGUGAUAUAAAAGUUGUAUAUAAUUUACAUAAAGUCUAUUUAUUGUUGAAUAAAGUCUAUUCGC